AAUUUUAAUUGCCUCGUCUCUACAACAUCCUUCAACGCAUCCCCUCUGUCAUUUCUCCCUUCUCCCUCUCUCUCUCUCUCUCUCUCUCUCUCUGCACUUUAAAACCCACCCUCACUUCCCCACUUGCCUUUCUGUAUAGUAAAACAAUCUUCUCGACCUCUGCGAAAGUAAUACUACUAUUCAUUAAACUCACCCCUCACAUGACCAACUUGACUCAAAGGUCUCCAAACAUCUCUUAAAAAAACCCACAUAAAAACACUUCACUCAAACCUCCUCUCCCUUCAACCCCCUUUAACACAAGCCUGUCGCACACUGUCAGCGGCAAACGAUCGGAUUCUGGUCGGAGCCAUGGUGGGUCCCUCCAAACCCACACCGCAAGCCUCUUUCUUGAAACGAGCCACUGUCAUCCCCUUACUCCUCAUCGCUCUCCUUUGCUCUCUCUCUUACUCCCUCGGCCUCUGGCAGAACCGCCGCGCAGCCGCCGAUGCAGGCGGUGGCGCCACCACCAACCUCCAAUGCACCCAUUACACCCCCACCCAAAAAAACACCACCGCACUGGACUUCUCCUCCCACCACUCCGCCGCCGCCGCCGUCUCCGACGGCGUCAGAACCUACCCACCGUGCGCCGCGAAGUACAUGGAGUACACGCCGUGCGAGGACGCGAGGAGGUCGUUGAAGUUCAAGAGGGACAGGCUGAUUUACAGGGAGAGGCACUGUCCCGGGAAGGGGGACCUACUGAAGUGCCGUGUGCCCGCGCCGCACGGGUACAAAACCCCGUUGAAGUGGCCCGCGAGCAGGGAUCUGGUGUGGUACGCGAAUGUUCCCCACAAGGAGCUGACGGUGGAGAAGGCGGAGCAGAACUGGAUCAGGUACGAGGGAGACCGGUUUAGAUUCCCUGGUGGCGGGACCAUGUUCCCCAACGGUGCGGAUGCGUAUAUUGAUGAUAUUGGGAAGUUGAUCAAUCUGGCAGAUGGGUCUAUUAGAACUGCCAUUGAUACUGGGUGUGGGGUUGCAAGUUGGGGAGCUUAUCUUCUGUCUCGAGAUAUCCUUACAGUGUCAUUUGCACCGAGGGACACCCAUGAAGCACAGGUGCAAUUUGCUCUGGAGCGAGGAGUUCCAGCUCUGAUUGGAGUACUCGCCUCCAAGAGGCUUCCUUACCCAUCAAGAGCUUUUGACAUGGCUCACUGUUCUCGUUGUCUCAUUCCAUGGGACCAGUAUGAUGGGGUUUACUUGAUGGAAGUUGACAGAGUUCUCCGGCCCGGUGGAUACUGGAUCCUUUCUGGUCCUCCAAUUCGCUGGAAGAAAUAUUGGAAAGGAUGGCAGAGAACAAGGGAGGAUUUGAAUGGUGAACAGACUGGAAUAGAAAAUGUAGGCAAAAGCCUCUGCUGGAAGAAACUGGUGGAGCAAGGGGACAUUGCUAUAUGGCAAAAACCCACCAACCAUUUAGAGUGUAAAGCUCAUCGCAAAAUCACCCAAAACCCGCCAUUCUGCCCAGCCCAAGAUCCCGACAAAGCCUGGUACACAAAUAUCGAGACUUGUUUAACUCCCUUGCCAGAAGUCUCUGACAAUCAAGAAAUUGCUGGUGGAAAAUUGGCAAAAUGGCCACAGAGACUGAAUUCAAUCCCGCCUAGAAUCAGCAGGGGAACUGUGGAAGGAGUCACGGAUGAGAUUUUCCAGCAAGACAGCCAACUAUGGAAGAGGAGAGUGUCUUACUACAGAACUGUAAACAAUCAACUUGGCAAAGCUGGAAGAUAUAGAAACCUUCUCGACAUGAAUGCGUACCUGGGCGGAUUUGCUGCUGCUCUGGUUAAAGACCCUGUUUGGGUGAUGAAUGUGGUUCCAGCCGAGGCGAAGAUCAACACCCUUGGAGCUAUUUAUGAACGUGGAUUGAUCGGAACAUAUCAGAACUGGUGUGAGGCAAUGUCUACUUAUCCUAGAACUUAUGACCUCAUCCAUUCCGAUUCAGUGUUCACGCUCUACAAUUACAGAUGUGAAAUGGAAGAUAUUCUGCUAGAAAUGGAUAGAAUUCUAAGGCCUGAAGGAAGUAUAAUCAUAAGAGAUGAUGUUGAUAUUUUGGUUAAAGUUAAGAGGAUCACAGAUGGGUUGAACUGGGACAGUCAGAUUGUUGACCAUGAAGAUGGACCCCUAAAUAGGGAAAAGCUUCUGUUUGCAGUGAAGUUGUACUGGACAGCCCCUGCUUCCUCUGAUCAAGGAGGAUCCACAACUUUUUAGACCAUUUCUCCUUCUUUUACUUCUGUUUUCUUGUUAAUUUUCUUGGUUUGUUUUCUUCUUUUACCCCCUUUUUUGUUUUGCUAAUUUUUUUUUAAUUUUUUUGGUAAUUUCCCAACUACUAAGCUAAAUGCAGAUUCAUUCAUCAAUAGAAAUAGAAAUUGGAAAAA